GCCACUUUGUACGACGUGCACCGUAGGGUUGCGUUGCGAUCAGAGUAUCUGAUUUCAUGUUUGAAGCCAAGCAGCAUGCCAAGCCACUGACUCAUCUUUGCUAGCCACUUCCAAGUUGUCAUUUGGAUGUUGAUUCAUCAACGACAUUUGUUGUAAUUUCUGAGGGUAUUCCAUUGUCAGUUAUGGGGGAGCCAAAGCAGGCCCGGAUAGAUGAUUACGAGAAUUUGGGAAGCAUUCGCUUUGAGAGUUGGAACCAUUGGGUGUCGAGUGUGAGUCAGCUGAAGGAACAGAGAUACAGAGCAGCAAAAUUCGAUUCAGAAGACUUCAAAGGCUUGCGCAACCUGCUGCUGCUGGAGGACAACACUCUGGAGCACGUAUUCGUGUGGAGGGAGGGCUACCACAAAGUGGAGGGGUUUCUAGAAGCAGCUGUGUCCAAGCUGAGCAGCCUUAGAAUUAGACACAAAUUUGGUGAGGAGGUGAUUCGCAGCUUGGAUGAUGCUAUUGCUGCUGCCAAGCACAAGGGGAUGCCAAUCAAGCUCAAGACGCUUUUUCUAUAUUCCUGUGCUGUAGAUUUAGAUGCUUUAGCAGAAUCAACACUUCCAAAGUAUUUAGAACGUCUGGAGCUUAAACAAUGCGAUUGCUCGCCCCACCUGGAGAAGCUGCUGCAAGAUCCAGCCUGCAAGAUCUGGGAGCUGUCCCUGGAUCAGAAUGAAUACUUGACCCCUGCCCUCUUUCAGGCUCGAACAAGUCUACGGAAGCUUAGGCUGGUCAACACCCCAAAUGAUCAGGCGCUACUCAGCCAAAUCUGCGGAUCAAUAGAAGGCCUUGGAAUUUCAAAUGUGGCCAGCCAUGAGGAGAUCUCCCUGCUGGCAGAAUGCAUAAACAACAAUGCCAAGUGCAAGCUCUGGUUCCUGGAGUUAGAAUCAAUCGAUCCAGUAACUUUAAUGAAGCCCGUGGGUCAGUUACUGGCGAGCCCAUAUUGCAAGCUUGAAAGUGUCUCCUUGUCUCCGUUAUGGGAAAGUCCUCAACUUAUUUUUCUCAGGAGUGAAUUUAUAAGAAAUUCAAGACUUCAAGGUGUGGUUCUCAGCAGCUUGGAGGCUAACUACAGCAGCCGGAUCCAGAGACUGCAAAUUGGAGGCAAAUGGGCUUCUAAAGUGCAGGAGGGCAGGUGGUUGAGGGUAAAGUACCGGAAUGCUCUAUUUCAGAAGAGCCCCGUUUUUGCAAAAAGCACUCCAGUCACACCAUCAACUGCCAAGCUGUUCAUGUGCGGCCACACUGCCUCGGGCAAGACCACCAUCUCCACCAAUCUUGUCCGCACCUGUGCAGCCCUCCGGCAGUGCGUCAAGCCGCCGCGUCAGGAUCAUGCAUCAUCAACAGUGGGAAUUGAGAGGAGGACUCUCAGAUUUGGAGAGAGGAAGAAACUCCUGAUCUACGAUCUGGGAGGCCAGGAGGUCUACCACGCUUUUCAUCACUAUUUCCUCAGGGGCAGCGACAAAGAUCUCUUCAUGGUGGUGUGCAAGGUUGGAGGUCCUGGAGGUGACUUGGAAACAGAGCUCCAAUACUGGUUUCGCUUCAUAGCGGCCCACCAAUCUGCAACACCAGCUAGGAAACCCACCAUUUUCUUAGUACUCAACAUCUUUGUUCGUGAUAACCGUUUCUUGGUAGAAGCUCGAGCAGCUGCGACGACACUGUUACUCAAGUAUAAGGACAAGCUAGACUUUGUUCAGGGCCAACGUGGUGAUCACUAUUUCGAGGUGAAUGGGUUGAAUGCUCGUCAGGUACAGAAGGAACUGAAGCCCAAGCUCGCGAUAGCAGUGGACGAAAUGAUAAAUAAACUUCCUGUGAUUCCCUGGACUUGUGAUGAGGUUAUCAGAAGGCGGGGUUCAUCCACACCAUGGUAUCAUAUCCACACACGGGCACAAACACUUGUCCAACAGAGGGUGGUAGACCUACAUGAGAUGUCCAAGGCUUGGUUCAAGGAGGAGAAAGAAGAUCAGGCAUUUGCUGCACAAUACACAUUCAUCUGCUUACAUGACAUGGGAGAAGCUGUCUACUUUGGGGCAGAUGACACAUAUCAAGACAGGGAUCCAAACGACAAAGAAGCUGCAUUGAUUGUCAACAAUGCAGUUCUAGACAUGCCAUGGUUUCUCCACACUGUGUUAGGAAUUUUCAUUCCUAAGCAAGACAGAAACGAUACGAUGAAGUGGGGGGAACCCAAGUGGUCUACUGUGAAAGCAGUACAAGAGCUCAAAACACUUGGAGAGACUGCGGAGGGCAACAUCUAUUUCCUGCUCAAGCUGCUCUGUGAGAUGGGGGUUUUGAUUCCUGAUGGCAUGACUAGCUGGGAGAUAAGGUGGUCAGAGCCACGAAAUCGGCCAGAACACCUCAUUGUGCCUGCAUUAUUGUGUGAUGAGUUCAGUGGAUGGAUUGAAAGCGAGCAAACAUAUGAUUGUUGGGGUCGGAGAUUGCAAGCAGACGACACUAUGAAGGGCUUCGUUCUUCUCCCAUCAGGACUAUUUGCAGUUAUUCAAGCUAAGGUGAAGGAGAUGUGUGACAAAUGGGGCCAUGGAAGUGAGCUUGGUGCAGGUUGGGUUUCAUUUGAAGAGGAUCGCAUUCAAGUUCUGGUUACUGUUGGUGGGGAUUAUAAGCAUUGGACAGAUAGGCAAUGGGUGGAUAUUAUGUUGAUGGUGCCCAAGCAGGAAGAGAGGGGACUCAAAGGGGAGCAGUUCAUGAAGGAGAUACGAGAUUGUGUAGUAAAGGAAACUAAUAGGGCCUGUCCUUUCAUCAAGCUUGAAGAACAUGUUUUGAAUCCAGGGAAGGUAAGACAGUUUGGAAAAGCAUCAGGACAAGAGGGAUCAUGCAGCAAGAGCUCUUGGACACUGCAAGAGGUCAAACAGAUGGUAGCCAGGGAGGGCUUUGAUUAUCACUUUACCUGGGGUUUUGGUGACUCCACAAGUGCCUUGGAACUCUUGAUGCCAAGUGAAGUCAACGAGAUUAUUCAGCCACGUAAGCAUGCUGUUGAAGAGGUUGUCAAAGAAUACAACCAGCACAUAGUGUCAGUGUACCAAAACCAGCAGCUACAGCUUGUGCAGGUCGAGAUCCCAAAGUUUGAAAGUGAUGACAUGAGCAACCUUGCUAACUUUUGCUACCAAUUACACAAGCAUCAACAGAAAUCUAUGCAGGGGAUUCAGAUAUAUAUGGAGGACUUUAAGGUCUCCAUAACAGAUAUCAAAGAAUCUUUACAAAAGCUGCAAAAGGGCCUGAAGGACACAGAAAACGCAUUGAUCAAGAGCUGCUCAUCACUGUUGGAAUCCAUUAAGCUGGAGUGUCCGAAACUCCCGCACCUUACAAUGGAGUCAAAUCUGUUGCUAAAAUAUUCACCACUGAUUGGGAAACGGGCAAAUAUUAGCUACUUAUGUGAGCAUACAAGCGGCUGUCACCCAGUUGAUUUGAAGAAGUACCCAGGAGUACCAAUCACUAUCCCAAAUCAAUGGUUCAAAAAGUAUAGCAACGUCUUCGUCCCAGGCAUCACAAUGUGUUUCACCCUUGCAAAGCUCGGUAAAGUGGCAUCGCCAGUGGGAGGGGAGCUGGUCGGUACCUUGAUUGAGCUUGGUGCAAAUGGCUUGAAGGCUACAAUUGACUCCUGCUUUGAAGGCGAUCUCAAUAACAGGUUGCAACCAGCAUCAAAAGAUGACAUUAUGGAGUUGUUUGAGUAUGUGAAAAAGAAUUCACCUCAACGAUAUGGCGAGGACCGAAUCUUGAUGAUGAAGAAGUGCUUUGGACUCGUCAAAAGUCCAUGUGGCUGGGUCUGUGAAGAUCACCAUUAUUGAAGAAGAAGGGCACAGGCUUUGUAAAACUACUAAAAUGA